UUGUUUUUGAAGUACUUUGGAUCAAAUAAAUGCAGGCUUGGUGAGCAGCAGAGACUUUGUUAAAAACAUUAAAAAUCAUACUGUUCAAAAACUUUUGACUGGUAGUGUAUCUUUGCUAUGCGAUUAGUACUAGCUGUAGUAAUAGUUGUCAUUUGUACUGUGUAGACCUUAUCUUAUCUAAACCAGAUUGGUUUAGCAACAAAUAAAGCCAGUCUUUUCCGAUUUUCCUCUGAAUUGUUUAAACCUCACAUUCAAAACCACAUAAACACAGAGUUAAAAUAGGUAAAGUUUACUAAUGAAAGAUUAUGUACAACUAACCAGUGUUGGGGAGUAAAGUUACAUGUAACAGAGUUAUGUAAUUUAAUUACAAAAUAAAUGUCACUAUAAUCUGUUACAGUUACUGAGAAAAAAAUGUGUAAUUAAAUUAGUUAUUUGUGAAAAUGUUAAUGAUUACAAAGGAGGUCACACAGACAGAUUUAAUUGAUUUAUUUGCCAACCAGCAUUGGCUGCUCUAUAAUAUGAGUCACCAAUGUUUCAGGAGUUUAAGACUUAACUUGCUUAUUUGAUAACCAUUUUAUUUUCUAUUUGGAUUUAUGUAUAUGCUUUAUUUUUUAAGAUUGGCUUUUUUUCUAAGCCACUGUUAGAUGUCAGUGUUACCUGUCAUAGCUAGGCAAAGAUUUGAUUUUAAAAACAGCAUCAUAGCUAUUGAAGGGGUCAUUGGAUGCUAAGUUCACUUUUACAUGUUGUUUGAACAUUAAUGUGUGUUAGUGUAUGUACAAAUCUACCCUAUAAUGAUAAAAUUAAUCUGAAUUAAUCUGUAAAUAUAAUAUCCCCUUUUUCAGAUUGAGCCAUUCUCAGAUGCCUGUCGUUGUGGCGUCACACCAACAGAGGCCGCUCCCACGAUAGUUGAUUGACAUGAGCAUCUUACCUCAGAUCAGUUGUAACAGUCCAACCUCCAUGUUUUGAUGCCAGAGCAGGGAUGUAAGUUAGACAAGAAUUGAGCGAUUGAGGUGUUGUGUUGCUGGAUGUAAUAAUGAACGUAGUGGUCGUCAUUUACCCUCGACAUCUGAGCUGCUGAAGAUGCAGGGAUCUACUCCCGAUCUACAUAUAUCCGUCUAUGUUCACGUGAAUCGUUCGUGAUCCAGCUUCACUUACAGCAGAAGGGUUUUUUUCUGAGGCUUUGCGAUUGCCUUUCCUAAUAAUGUGCUAGUUUAAAGUUUAGCGGCUAAACACGGCUAAAUGCGGCUAAAGUAAACUGGCUCGUCACUCCACAGAGAAAAGAGAGGGGCGGGGUGAGCAGAGCUCAUUUGCAUUUAAAGCAGCCUCGACCAGAAUGAGAUGAUUUUAACAAGGUAAAAAGGGUGUUGUUUGAGAAUUUUUAACCAAAGUACAUUAUAGAAUUUUCAUUAAGACCCUAAAGAAUCAUAUCAAGUUGGAAAAUGGGCAUCCGAUGACCCCUUUAAAUUAUAUCUUAUGAUUUUAAAUCAGUAUUUAACCGCAGAACGAUCUCAAAGUAAAAAGCUGCUAAAGUUUGUUAAAGCUGUGCUUUAAAAUUAAAUUUUUAUAAUCUUAAUUCAUAUGAUGGAACGUUUUUUUUAGAGUAACCAGUGUCAAUAAUCAAUGUUGAGUACUACUGUAAGGUUAAGCCUGCCUGCUUUAAAUGUUUGAAAAUGAGAAAUUUAGAAAAGUAAUCAAAUGUAAACAGAUACAUUACUUCAAUAAAGUAAUCGAAAUAGUUACAUUACUUAUUACAUUUCAUAUAAGGUAGCCUGUACUCUGUAACCUAUUACAUGUCUAAAGUAAUCUUCCCAACACUGCUAACCUAGUAGUAAAAAUGAGUAAUCAUUAACAUAAAGGGGAAAAAUGAAAUAAUUUCAGUAAAUGCGGUCCUGGUUUUGGGACAGAAAAUAACAGAGUAAACAUCCCAAAUCAAAAUAUUCAUUUUAAAGGACAUUUAAUCAAAGACUAAGCUUAUAUGAGUAUGUAUUUUGAUAUUUUACAAUCUAGUUAUAGUUAGAACCCAUGCUGUGUUUGUCAUAAAAAUGCUUCAGCACAGUAGUAAUCCCUCUUUGCGAGACCACUUAAAUGGCUGACAGGAAUUGUAGUAAAGGCCAUUUUAAUCUCAUGAAAAGCAGUUGGUCACAUUCUCUGGCUGCUUUAACUCAACUCCUUUUGUAGAAUCUAGAACAUGUGACCACAAUCUAAGCAGUUAUUGUGUAAGAACAGCUCCGAUGGCAAACCUUCUUGCUGUAUAAAGGAACUCUUACGUGUUUGCACAAGGACCGACUAUAUCAUUUCCAAGGGAAUGUCUAUUCAUGAAGGUGAAAUAAAACUCUGCUGACUGUCUUCCUGUUAAGCUCUAGUCAGUCAGUUUUUUCCUGACAUUCCACAAGUCAGUUUUUUUUUUUUUCUUUUUUGAAUCAUCGAGUCACAGAAGGAAGCAUUUUUUUUCUUCUUCUCAACUUUCGCUUCUCUAAUACGUUCCAGAAGGACGGCUGGUCAGCUUUUUGUCCUGCUUUGGCUUUCUUUUCGUUGCUUUUUUUCCGUAUUUGGAUUUUAAGCACUUAAUUCAGAACAAAUGUGUAACUCAGCGCACGAGGCUGCACUUUGUGGCAUUAAAUUGCAUCCGAUGUGGCAGGAGCCGCUCGCCAUUCCCGGUGGAGAUCGCCAGUCACCUAUUGACAUUGUGGUACGUAAAAGCGUCUUUGAUCCACAACUCCGACCUCUGAAGGUAAAAUAUGACCCAAGGACCUGCCAGCAGAUCUGGAAUAAUGGGUACUCCUUCCUGGUCGAGUACGACGACACUACUGACAAAUCUACUGUGAAAGGAGGACCACUGGAGGAUCAAUUUAGACUGUGUCAGUUUCAUUUUCACUGGGGGGAGAACAACGCCUGGGGCUCUGAACACUCCAUAGACCGCCGUCUUUACCCUGCUGAGCUCCAUCUUGUUCACUGGAACUCUGACAAGUACAGUUUGUUUGAGGAGGCUGUUAUUGAGGAAAAUGGACUAGCUGUUAUUGCGGUCUUUCUGAAGGUUGGAAAGAGACAUGAGGGUCUGCAGAAACUGGUGGAUGCCUUGCCUGCAGUCAGACACAAGGAUAGCGUGGUGGAGUUCACCAAGUUCGACCCUGCAUGUCUCCUCCCGGAAAACAUCGAUGACUAUUGGACAUACGCAGGUUCUCUGACCACUCCUCCUCUUACUGAGGCGGUGACAUGGAUGGUGAUGAAACAGCACAUUGAAGUCAGUCACGAUCAGUUGGCAGUGUUUCGAAGCUUGCUGUUCACGUCGGCAGAAGAGCAGGUGCAAAGAAGUAUGGUCAACAACUUCCGCGUUCAGCAGGCUUUGAAGGGACGGACCGUCCGCUCUUCGUUCACCCCCUUCCUCCAAGAUGCUCCCCAAUAAUAUAGCAACAAAACUCAGUGACCUAAUUCACAUCUUAACAGACUCAUCAGUCUCAGAGUGCUGAUAUCCAUAAGGUCUUAACUGGAGUUUGCAAAAUGUUUCAACCAUCGAUUGGAGAGAUUCCAUUGAAAGGGAUUACAAAGAUACAGUUCAGUUACUGAAGGUCCUGUUUAUUCUUCUAACAAAAGGUUUAUGCAGUUUAUUGUAAUUUCGCUGUAUUUGUACAAAUAUUGAAAAUAAUGCUAGAAUUCAGGAAAUUCUCAUUUUAAUGAAACACGCACAUUUCCUCUCAAUGUAGUGGCAAACGGUGUCCACAUUUGAGGACAAACCGCUCCCUCUUGUGGACAACUGACAAUGCAAAUGAAAGGAUGGGGGGGGUUAAUUCAAUAGUUUAGUUUUGUGUAUUCAGUAGUUUUAGUGGUACCAGGGAAUUUCUUUUAUGCAUGAAACUGCACAAUGCCUUUCACUUUUAACUGGUUUUUAGAUGUUAAAAAUCUUAUGUAUUUUCAGUAGAGGUAAUAAAAAUGUUAAAAGAAAUUUUAGAAUAUUUGAAGGUGACAUUUGAACACUGCAGUGUAAGACUAGAACUAGUCUUUUUUUUUUUUUUUUUUUUUUUUUUUUUUUUUUUUAAAUGCAUUAGACAUUUAGAGGUUUGAAAGGAAGAGUAGAUUAAUGCGCACAACUGUUUAGUAAAGAUGUAUUACUGUACUUGCUGUGUACUUCAGAUUUAGGUUAUCAUCAUUAGUGCCUUUUUCAUUGUAAUCAGUUAUCUGAUCAACUGCACAAGUGGUUGGCCAUAAUUGCCUUUCGGCAAAACGUGUGCCUCCAGUACAAAUCUCCUAUAGUCUUUGUCUAAGCUCACAAUCGUAAUUUUCAAAAGAAUAACAGAGAAUCUGUGUCUAGUCUUUAUGUAAGAAUGUUUUGUAAAAUGGAUGCGUCUUUCCACUCAUAAAAUGCCUUUCAAAUAGGGACCUCCAUUUUCAAGCAUAUGUGCUCUAUUUAAUUUCUCCACUAGAGGCAUACUUGAGACCAGGCACAAUGUAGAAAUGAGAUCUACAGUAAGACCAAUUGAUUGUUGUAGUUUCAUCUCAGUGCAUUCCGUUUUCCAUUAAACAUGCUGCAAAUGGCAAUAAGAAUGAAAGGGUUAAAAUGAGACACUAAAAUCGUUUGAAACGUCCAGGACAUCUUGUGUUCAUAGUAUUAUUUAUCAUUGGGCGUUUGUUGUUUUUCAAUUGCUGACAAUAUUUAGAAGAUGGUUAAGAAGUAACGUCAAUGUUCAGUUGUAUCAGCUAGGUACAGAACAGCAGAAGUUCAGCAUGCAGCUUUAUAAUUGCCAAGAGGCGCUUGUCUCUUUGUGAUGGCUGAAUAACAAUGUUCUUGUAUAAACUGUCCCUAAAGUGGCCUCUCGUUUGAAUGGGCCACCUGGUUUGGGUCCAUGGUUGAAUUCAGAGUGAUCUAACUAGACUGGAAAGCUGGAUUUGAGCUGUACAAACGCUAGGGUACACUGAGACUGGGAUCCAUUCCCUACACCUGCCCAAGUCUUAGGCUACUCACAAAGUAGUGGACAUUCUUUCCGUUUGUGGUUUUGUGACAUUCUAACUCUUUUUUUUGCUGUAAUGGGUUGGCAUGAGGGACAUGGAUUUGUACUUUCACCUUUAAGGGAAACCAGUAACCAUAGAUUAACGCUAAAACUUGUUUCACUUGUUAUCUUAAGUCAUUUUUGUCACUGAUGCUGCCUGUUAUAAAUUUUAUGCUGCAGGUGUAUGCAAAACUUUGUUAAUAUGAUUUCUUUGUUGUAUUGUGUGCAAACGCUAUAUUUUAUUCAUUUGUUUUGUGGAUUUUGUGGGAAACGAAAGUCUUUUUACAUUGGACCGUUUUUGGUUGAUUUCAUUUUGUUUUACUUUUGGGCGGAUGCAAGCAUGUACCCUAGGGAUUUAAGCAGGAAGAGGGUGUUGCCGGAGGUUUAUGGAGGCCCCAUCACAGCAAGUGUUGUUGCACCAGGUGCUGGUUAGGUCCGGAUCAGCUGCACUAAAAAAAAGUGCAUGUUUUGGCGGACUUAUCAAAAGGGCAGAGCCUACAGACCCAGAGGUGAACGUCAACAAAUACACAACGUAACUUUCAUUCAUGCUGUCUGACAUGUUGUGUAUUAACAUUUUAAUGUGUAAAAAUGAAAUAAAACAAUCUUGAGCUAUC